GCAAUCUGCAGCAAAGACCAUGGCCUACACCACCGUCUCCCCUUUCGUGUACCACCUCCAGGAGGGACUGAAGAACUUCGACCUCACCAAUUGGAUGCGAAGCUUCGAUCUGGCCAAUUCCAUCAAAGACCUCGACCUGAAGACUUUCGGCUUGUUGGGUCUGGUUGUGGUGGCUGUCAUCUUUAUCGCGGAUCUCUUCACUAAAUCUUAUGGUCCUUUCGGGAAAAGUCUGGCCUUUUCAGCUGCCGAUGCCUGGCAGAGAAAUAGGCAAAAUGUUCGUUUCGAUAAAUUCGGCAGAGAUAACCGUUCUCUGGAACCUGUGACCGAAAUUCUGGAUGCUCUGGCUGAUGCUGUGAAGAAAUGGGAGCAAUCUGAAAGAAAUGGGGCACAAGAUCGAUCCGCUUAUGGCGGACGAAAUCUCCAUUAGUCUAGUUUUAUAAAAAAAUAUAUAUAGUUUCAAAUUUUGUGCAAGUUUAUUUAUUUGUUAUUUAUUGGUUGAAAAAUAUGUUUGCCGAGAAAUAUAUCUAAAAUAAG